AUGCGAACAGCCGGUACCGCUCCGCCGAACAAACGGCCUCGCAUCUCGAUAGAAGAACAACAAGCAUCCCCCGCGAAAGACAAGACGGCACAAUCGCUCUGGUUGCGAAGAACAUCGAGUUCCGUGUCUACCGCCGCCCUGGCCAAGCAUUCUCCCGUCUUUCAUGACAUGUUCUCAAUACCUCAGGCCCCGAGUCCGGCGUUUGAUACGGCAGCCUCAAAUUUCAACCCUAGCUGUCCAGUCAUAUACCUAACGGACUCUCCCGAAGACCUCAGACACGUCCUGCGCGCAAGUUCACUGCCGGAGCGUCCCUCGAGUGAGUGGCGCUCGAACCCAUAUCUAGAUGUCACAUCUCAAUCGCCUUCUUCUACGUACAGACAUCUUCGGGCGCAGACACCGUCCUUUCACGUAGUCUCCUUGUGGAUCCGGCUGGGGCACAAGUACCAAUUCGAGAAGCUCGUCGAGGAGGGUCUCCGCUACCUCCGCCGCGCCUACCCAACCCGCCUCACGAGCUCACACCCUCUCUACAGCGACGUUUAUAAGGACUCCACGCCAAUAAGGGAGGACCGACCGAAGGACUACAUCAAACAGUCCGCGAUCGCUGUCGUGAACCUCGCGCGCCUCACAGAGAACCACGCCCUCCUACCCCUCGCACUCCUCGAGUGCUGUAAGCUCGGCGAGACGAUCAUGCAAGGCUUCGAGCGCGAGGACGGAACGAGAGAGCACCUGGCGGUAGAGGACCUCGGGCGGUGCUUCGCGGUCAAGAACAAGCUGAUCUUGCGGAACGUGGACGCGGCGCUCAAGGUCUUCGAGAGAGCGCGCAUAGACUACGAGCCGUGGGGCGAAGACGGCGAGUGCUACGAUGAGGAGAGCUGCACGAGGUCGCUCAAGAACACGCGCCGCAAGUUCAGCGCCAUCAGCCCCACUCACCUCGUCAGGGCCGACAGCCUGCUGGCGGAGAACGGAGAGGAGACGUACAGAUCACGGAACCUGUGUUUGAACUGCAGCAUUUACGUCGGUGCCCUGGUCGACAAGCAGCGUGCAAAGUUCUGGAAUGCUUUUCCCAGCAAGCGACGGUAG